AUGUCGUUGUCACCUUGGGAUCUCAGCGGCGUGAGCUUCGAUUUUAGCCUAUACAGACCUAGGCGACCAAGUUAUCUGUUCGCAACGCAGGAAAACAAAGGCAGGCGAAACGAUAGUUAUAGACAUGCUGCAAAACAUGAAAACAAUGACGCCAUAGAUAAAUCGUUUGAUUUCAUUGAGGGUAUGGUGAGGAAAAAGAGAAAGGAUAGUUACAGACGCGCAACAAGAAAGUCUGAUGAAUUGGAAAUGGACACCAUUAAAGAACAUGAAGAGAGUGAUAAUAAAUCAACGAUUGAUCUUAACUCAAUCGAUGAUGCAUUCGAUGAUGAACCUCCUGUAAAAUUUGAAACUCCAGUACGGAGUGUUACACCAGAUGGUAAAAUUGUUGAAUCCAUAGUUGUGCCUCCAUAUCCCCGUGUUGAUGGACACCAAGGAACGAGCCCUCAUGGAACAAGGAGAAGUGGUCCUGUUGCACAACAAUCUGUUGAGACGAUCGAAGAUGAAACUAUUAUAUCAGAUGACACGACAACAAGUGUUCCUUUCUUGAAUACAAUUAAGUAUAGAAAGAAUUUGAUCAUAUUGUGCGUCAGCUUUUUGUGUGUCUUUACAGCAUUUAGAUCCAUUCAGAAUCUUCAGUCAAGUUUGAACCCUCAAGGACGACUAGGAGUAGUUUCCAUGACGUUUGUCCAUCUCACUAUGGUUCUUACGUGUUUAUAUGCGCCAAUCGUCAUAAACCGAAUAACUGCAAAAUGGGCAAUAGUAUUAGGACUUAUAUUUUACUUAUUAUGGAUUACUGCAAACAUUUACCCGCAUUAUUACACUCUUAUACCGACCUCCAUUGGAGUUGGACUGGGUCAGUCCCUUGCCUGGAACUCGCAGGUUAUAUACAUCCAGAAACUUGCAAUUGGCUAUGCAAAAGUUUCGAAAGAUGUACCAAUGCACAAAAUAUACCGUUUUAAUGGCGUCUUCCUUGCAUGUUUUCAAACCACCCAUAUUUGGGGAAAUCUAAUUUCUUCAGUGAUGCUAGGGGGUCUCCAUGAAAAGACAAGUAGUCCUGGAAGAAAUAGUUCUGUUCCUGAUAAUGGUUUUUUACUGUCUUGUGGCGUCUACGACAAGUGUGAUGGAUCGAUACCAAGUGUGUGGAAUAUAACACAUACAGCCAUGACACCAGCCUCUAUCACUGUGAUGAAACUAAUGGGAGUAUUCCUCGCACUAGCAUUACUAGGUUUCCUACUCGCCUUAUUGUGCCUGGACAAAAUUGGUGCGAAGAUCGAAAUAGAAAGAAAGCCAAUUGAACUUGUCUGCGCAAAUGUGCGGCAGAUGUGUACCCACAAGACUUUCAGGCUUAUAAUACCCCUUCUUAUAUUCAAUGGAUUUGAGCAAGGGUUCCUGUAUGCUGAUUAUAAUAAGAGUUACAUUACAUGCAGUUUGGGUAUUGAAUACAUCGGAUACUGCAUGAUCAUGCUAGGUUUAGCCAACAUCGCCAGCUCCAUACUUAUCGGGUUCGUUGCCAAGCAUAUCCCUCGUGAAGUAAUAAUAGGAUUGGGUGGAAUAUUACAUAUCGGUCUCAUGGUUUUCCUGCUGAUAUGGGUGCCUGAUAAAGGCGUCACGCCAGUUGUGUUUCUGAUGUCAGCUUUCUGGGGUAUGUGUGACGCCGUGUGGCAGACGCAAUGUAAUAGUUUAGUUCACGUAGCGUGCCCAGAUGAUCACGAGGUCGCCUUCUCGAACUUUCGAAUGCUCCAAGGACUCGGGGCAUCAAUAGCGUUCUUCCUCAGUGCUGUCAUGUGCGUCGCUGUCAAACUGUACAUAAUUAUCACUCUCUUGGUUGUCGCCAUCUUGUUUUAUGUUGUAGCUGAGUAUAGAAUAAGAAAAUCGGAAAACGAUCAUUUUGAGACGGAAGAGUCUUUAGAGUGAAUGCCAUAUAUGGAGUAAUGGUAGUUCUAUUGUCAGGAUGCUAAAACGUGAACCUUCAUUUGGAUAAAAAGGAUUUAUGAAAACAGGAGUAUUGUGGUCAAAUUAUAAGUUAGGGAUGGUGUCUAGUUAUCAAAAACUGUGGAAAACGCAGUUGAUUUCGUUUGAGGAAGCAAUAAAUGAGAAUUUUGUAACUGGCGAAAGUUGAAUAUUCUGAAAGUGAAAGACUAAUUAAAAUUCUGAAACCUCGUUAGAUGAGAAGAGGGGCAACCGCAACACAAUUUACUUCUGCAAAUGUUCAUACAUCGGUGGAUUACUUAUUAUUUCACAACUGAAGAAAUGAAUCCCAAUGUGAACGAAAAUCGUCAUGAAAAUUAUGAUUGAAUCAGUGAAUCUAUGUGUGAAUGUGCAAUA